AUGGCGGUGCUGAGUUCACUUCGAUGCGAUUUGUGGGUCCAGGGACUUGCAGCGCUUGGCCUAUUGGUCUUGACCAAGCUAUUAUGGGAUAUCUAUCUCUCGCCGUUGAGAGCUGUACCCGGACCUUUACUCGCCAAAAGUACGAAUCUGUGGCGAGCAUUUCACACCUUUCGCGGCCGUGUAGACACCAAGCAUGUUGAAUUGCAUCGCAAGUAUGGCAAUGCUGUGCGAAUUGGUCCAAACUGUGUGAGCAUUUCGGAUCCGAAUCUGAUUCGAACGAUUUACUCGACACAAUUUCCCUGGCGCAUUUUCAAUGGUUCUCUGCUAAACUUUUCUUGCGUAAUAAAGAGUGAUAUGUACCGACCGAAUGAUGUCCUCAUCGAAGGACACCGCAUGUCUAACCUUUUCAAUUCUCAAGAUGAAGAUUGGCACAAUAAGAAUAUCCGCCCGAUUCGUGGACUCUGGAGUAUGACCAAGGUUUUGGAAUACGAGCCUCUGAUUGAUGAAACUAUAACCAAGUUUGUGGGAAAAGUCGCGAUGAAAUUCGUGGAUGGUGACAGUGCGGGCACAGUCUUCCCAGCAGAUGAAUGGAUCGGGUUCUUCGCCUGGGAUGUCACUGCAAAUUUCAGCUUCGGCCGCCACUAUGGAUUCAUCGACCAAGAGAAAGAUGUCGAUAAUUUGAUCACAGACUCGACCGAUGGUCUCACAUACUUUGCUCCGGUGUCUCAAAUCCCAUGGAUCGACAACCUUCUAGACAAGAACCCCAUCAAACGGAUCGGACCAAAGCCCACCCUGACCGGCGUUCUAUACGCCUUCAAGGUCGUCGCCGAGUAUCAAGCCCAACUUUCGAACAAGACGAUCACUGCUGGUUCAGUUGACCACACGCUCGACAAAUACCUGCAACUGAAGGAAACAUACGCAGACAUGGUUAAUGACCACCAAAUUGUGAACUGGUUGAUGCUCAGCAUCUUAGCUGGAGGAGAUACGAGCUCCGCAACCAUGCGCGCUAUCCUAUACUACCUAGCCAAGUCACCCUCUUCAUCUGGAAAGCUCGCAGCUGAAUUGCAAAACGCUUCUCUCCCCACGCCUGCCCCUUGGAUGCUGAUUCGGGAUCUUCCCUACCUCGAUGCUGUCAUCCGCGAGGCAAUGCGCGUCAACCCUGGUAUCGCCAUGAUAUUUGAGCGCGUUGUGCCAGACGAAGGAUUUACUCUCCCAGAUGGACAGUACCUCCCUGCGGGCACAAAGAUUGGAAUUAACCCCGCCGUGACAAACAAAGAUUAUGAGGUGUUUGGAGAGGACGCGGAUGACUUCAACCCGGAUCGUUGGUUCCAGGGCAAAGACGAGAGUGACGAGCAUUUCGAGACCCGCUCAAGACGAAUGAAAGACACCGUGGAUUUUGUUUUCGGCGGGGGUGGUCGUAUUUGCAUGGGUCGCUAUUUGGCUAUGCUGGAGAUCAAGAAAUUGAUUGCCACCCUCUAUAACGUGUUUGACAUUCAACUUGUGGACGUGAACCAUGAGUGGACGUAUCGUAAUGCCUGGUUCGUAUACCAGUAUGAUAUGCCGAUGGUCAUCCGACGACGUGGUGUUGCCUCGCAAUAA